UGUGUCUUUUUGCGCACAAAUCAUAAACCGUCUUUCGUUAUCGCAUCGUUAGCCUGCUCUUUAUACCAUAUUGAUGUCUAAAUUUUGUUGCUGCGCAAAACAUCCUUAUAUUAAUAAUGUAAAAGUUGUUCUGUUGAACAAUAAGGAGGUUUAUUAUAAAUUCACCAACGAUACUCUUGUUGAAGAUAUCUUCCAUGACGUAUGUUCUUCUAUGAAUCUGCAAGAGCGUGAUAUAUUUGGCCUUGCAAUGCUUCGUAAUAAUGAGGGCUGGCUAUUUAUAGAACCUAGCGAGUUUAUGCACAGGAUCAUAACCAACUAUUUCGUGCCAACUGAUCAAAAGUGUUCCACCGAUAUUUUCUUCUUACCAAUAAAUAAAUCACUAAAUCAUUGUUCAUUACAACCAUCAUAUCCAACUGUAUAUUUUCGUGUCCGAUUUUAUAUUCCGAUACAUUGUAUAAAUGAACGUACAACACAACAUAUUUAUUAUUUACAAUUACGAAAAAAUCAUGUUCUUUAUGAAUUAUUUUGUGAUCCAAAUGUGUAUUUACAAUUAGCAGCGUUUGCAUUACAGGCUGAAUUGGGUGAUGCACCAAAAUGUUUUAAUCCAGAAACUGAAAUAUCCUAUUUUCUACCAGAACUUUAUUAUCCUAAAAAAUUUAUUAAAUCGUGGGAUAGUGUUGAACUAGCCUAUUAUACUUAUAUACAUCAUUCAGCGCUUCGUAAUAAUGUUGCCUAUAUGGCUGAAUUUCAUUUUAUUCAUCUGGCAACAAAGUUGAACUCUGAUUUCAAUUUACAUUUAUAUCCACUUCAAAAACCCGCUCACAAAUGCCGUUUCUCUGUAUGGAUUGGUAUCAGUCCACAAGGAUUUACAUUAUAUCAGGUGAUGAAAAUAAAGUAAUUACCUAGUGCAUUCGAUUCUUUUAUGUUAAAACCUUUUAAAAUUAUUAUAUUAUCAAUUAUCUAUGGUGAUAAUUACAAUAAACCAUUUUCCAUCUGAACAUUUCUAUAAGGAUUAUUUAUUUUAAAGUCAGAAAUUCAAUAUCAAUCUUUGGAACCCUGACUUUUAGUUGUAAUGCAUUAUAUGGCUGUGAGUUAUAAACUCAUAAUUUAUCCACUUCUUAUCCAAUAAGCAUACACUAAAAUAAUAAAGAAAAAGCUCACAAUCAGGUUUUUUCCAGAUUGGAUUUACAUCUAUCAGUAAAUGAAAGUAUGGAAUACUGUGAUGCUUAGAACAUUUUUUAACAUCCAUUAUGUUACUCAGAUAUUUAUUGGAAAUAUCGAAAAAUCAUUGACAACUGUCAUUCAAAUUGCUUACAUCUGUAUCUGUUUAUGUGUAUAUAAAACAAUCUAUAGUUUUAUAAAUUAAGGACAUCACAGUUUGACGCUCAUCUCUCGAGUAUAAUGUAUGGAACAUUAUGAUCACAUAAUUUCACGUUCAUCAUUAUUUAAUGAACCAUCAUCUUUUUUGAAAAAAAUUAAAAAAAUUUGAAUUAUGUGCGGCACUGUUAUUCUCUAUCAUAAUGCACAGUAAAAUUACCUAUU